GUGUGCAGGUUGUUCCAGGCUAAGAUGGAGCGAGAGCAAUUUCAGACGGAGGUGCGUGACCUGCAGGAGCAGCUGUCUGAGAUGCACGACGAGCUGGACACCGCUAAACGCAGCGCUAACGACACGGGCGCUAGCAAGGACGCCAUGCUGGAGGAGCUGGCUGGGUUGAAGCUGGAGCUGACUGAGGUGCUGGUGGCUAAAGAGGAGCAGGAGGAGGUGCUGAGGAGGAGAGAGAGGGAGCUCACCGCCCUCAAAGGAGCACUGAAGGAGGAGGUGGCGACUCAUGAUCAGGAAGUGGACAGACUGAAGGAGCAGUACAGCACACAGAUACACACACUGCAACAAGGCCUGGAGGAGGCACGACAGAGUGUGUCGAAGGCGAGUCGUGAUCGUGCGGAGGUGGAGGAGGCUCGGGGCGCCGCGGAGGUCACGGCGGGACAGCUAUCCCAGGAUGCAGAGCGGUUGAGACGCCGCGUUCAGGAGCUGGAGAAUGAGGUGGCCAAGCUGAACCGCAUCAUAGACACCGCCAAGCAACAGGAGAACACUCUCAAUGAGAGAGUGGCCAGGAUAGAGAAAGAGAAGAGGUUGGUGGAGGAGUCGUUAGCGGAGGUGAGAGAGGAGGAGGAGGAGAUGUCACGAGCCAACCGAGCACUCACCACACGACUUGAGGACGUACAGAGGAACCUGAGUCGUGUGUGUGCGGAGCAGCGUGAUAUGGAGGAGCAGCUGAAGGAGGAGAAGAAGCAGAAGGAGAACUAUAAGAGUACCAGGAACCAAAUCGAGGAGGAGAGGAGGCUACUGGACCGCACUGUGGACAAGCUACAGAGAGAGAUGAAUGAGAUCGUGGAGGCGUCCCAGUCCUCUACGCAGGAGCUCCAGGAGCAGAUAGACGUCUACAAGGAGAAGAACAGGAGGGAGAUGCAGGACCUGCAGAGACAGCUGAGGGAGCGGACCGCCGAGCUGGAGCAAUCACGACACACCGCUAAAGCACUGCAAGAAGAGGUAUCCCACCUGGUGGAGGAUCUGCGUGAGUGUAAGCGUGAGCGAGACAAGGCCGUGCAGCAAGCGAAGGUUCUAGAACACAAGGUCUUCGAUCUGGAACUGGAGGCCGACGCCCGCACGCAGACCAAAGACGACAAGACACGACAAAUCAAACUGCUGGAGGAGCGCGUGUCCCAGUUGGAGUUGGAUCUGGAUGAGGAGAGGCACAGUGGAGACCAGCUGAUGGACAGAAUAGACAGAGGACGAGAACACGUUGAGCAGAUGAGAAAUGAGCUACUUCAAGAGCGAGCCAGCAGACAAGACCUGGAGUGUGACAAGGUGGCUCUAGAGAGACAGAAUAAGGACCUGAAGGGUCGCGUUGCCCAUCUGGAGGGCUCCCAGCGCUCCACUAAAGAGGGCGUGGUCACACAGCUGGAGGCCCGGAUACAGGAACUGGAGGAGAGACUGGAGGCAGAGGAGAGGGAGCGCUCCAAUCUGCAGUUGGCCAAUCGGAGGCUGGAGAGGAAGGUGAAGGAGAUGGUGAUGCAGGUGGACGACGAACAACACACACUCCAGGACCAGAAGGACCAGUUGAACCUGCGUCUGAAGGCGGUGAAGCGUCAGAUGGACGAGGCGGAGGAGGAGAUCGACCGACUGGAGCACAGCAGGAAGAAACUGCAGAGGGAGCUCGACGAAUCACAAGAGGCCAACGAACAGCUGCAAUCACAACUCAAGACACUCAAGAGCGAACUCAGACGUAAGACUAACUCCGCCCCCCUGCUUAACGAGCUGGAUGAUGAUGAUGAUGACGAUGACAUCAGCACCGAUGGAGAGACCUACUUUAGCUCCGCCUCCACAUACAAACGCUCGGGGAGCCAGGAUGCACUGCUCACACUCUAAUACACACACACACACACAC